AUGGCCCCGGCGAACCCCUCUGAUCCUCGUGCGGGCUCCGAGUGUGUAGUGCCCAUGUGGAAUUCGAAGGAGUUCCUUUGUGAAGAGCACGCCGACUUGAAGGAUGAGGCGACCUACGAAGAUGCAAAAGGUAUUCGACGGAAGAGGAUGCAUGACGGGGCAGACUGCACCUGCCAGUGCCCUGAAGCCCGCUGGUGGCAAGUGCCGAGUCAAGAGACCUUGGUAUGCAAAGAUGGGCGCUGGCGCGAUGACACGGGCCAUCCAGCAAAGGACUUGGUGUGCGACACGUCCAACAGGUUCUACUUCUCGUCGCUUGGUGUUUGGAUCCUUGCAGCCUUCUUGGCUACUCCUGGGGGCCGCAAGAGCUUCAGACAGGCAGCCGCACGGCCUCUGGCUGCAGCAGGUUUGGCAGGGAAGGACUCCAAGGAGGGAGCCGCCGAAGCGAAGGAGCUCGUAGAUGCAGGGUGGCGAAUUCGGGACCCCAAGGAGGGAGAAGCUGAAGCGUCUAAGGCUCCGGACGACAAGAGCCCUCCUGAGGGUGAGGUCGGUGAGGCUCCAGCAAAGCCUGAAGCGGAAGCGGCGCGCACGAGCCUGUCUUUGAGCCCAGACUUUGCAAAGUAUCAGGCCGAUCAUGCAGGCCUCGUCCUCGUGAAUCCAGCCACGUCUUUCGACCGAACAGUUUGGCCGCUUCUAGGGCGUGCCUUGACGGCCUUGCCGAACGCUCCAGACGACCUCCCUGCUUGGAGCCCACACCAAGACAUCCAAGAUCUUUUCCAGGAUCUGCAAAGCCGUGCGACAUUGUCACCAUACCCGUAUGUGGCCGGUUCCGCGCUCACCGGCACGGUGGCAGAUUCGUCGCAGUUGGGCAGGCUGUUCUCAAAGAUCGCACUGAAUCUUCUCAGCCCCAAGAAGGCGCAAGAUGGACCGAACUUGGAUCCGGAAGUCGAGAACUUCCUGCUGUAUCCAGAGAACUUAGCACAGCUGCUGCCACCAGAGACUGUUCGUUUCCGGCUUCGUCAUUGGUUGCGCGACGGCUGUGAAAUUGUAAACAGUGAGCUCCGCAGACGGCGAGGCAGCUCUUUCGGAGGAGCCAAGCUUCCGCGGCAAACUCAGCAUAACAACACAGUCUCAUGA